ACUCCAUUAAGCCGAUGGAAGUCUGUCAGUCACAUUAUAGGAAUAGCGGACUAAAGUGUAAAAAAAUGAACGUAAGGUGGCAAAACAUCCCAAAUCUUCAACAAAUGCAAUUCGAAUUGCAAAAAUCGAAAUUACUGAUUUGUGUAAUUUGACAAAUGGGAAUAUCUUGCUUGUGUUCAACUCUCUGUAGAUUUCCAGUAGAUUAUCCACAGUGGUUGGUCAGCCAAACCCAUGGCUAUGGCUGCUUAUUCAGUGCUCGCAAACCACUACAAGCAGUUGCCACAAGUACUGUCCUUGUCGAUGUUUCUCAGGAAGGACGGAAAUACGUUACUGCUACGGAGUUGCGGAAGCCAAUAACUGCGGCGAUACUGGCGGCAGCUGCAGCAUGUGCUGUGAUUGUAGCGGUGAAUGGGGCGGAGGCGUUGGCGGUGCCGGCGCAGAUUGAAACGCAACAGGAGGUACUUGGUGAGACAUUUUCGAAUGUACCGCAAACGUUAUCCGGCGAUUGUGUUGAUGGUCAGAAGAAUUGCAAGAAGGCGAGGAUUCAAAGACCUAAGUCAAGGCAAGCAGAGACUUGCACGGUCAAAUGUGUCAAUACUUGUAUUCGUGGUGGCAGUGGAUCUCCUGGUGAAGGUCCUCUUAACGUAAGAAGGCCUUUGGUGGUGUUUAAGCAAGGGUUUCGCAGUCGCCAAUACUGGAGCAAACAAUGUGAUGAAAGCUGCAUCAAUUACUGCAAACUAGGAUAUAUCAUUGUUUUGGUGGAAUGCUCUGAUAUAUGUAAUUUGAUGAAAGAUGGUGAAGAUGGACCGUAGGAUGUACAUUUACUAAUCUUAAUUUUAGGUUAAAUUCUUUCUCUGAGCCUACAAAAUUCCCUGGUGCUCCUUUCGUAUAAUUAAAGCUUUGAUUGGGUUGUAUAUUAUCUAUCCAGAAAAUUUGACAGGCUUUAUGUAUGUAUAUACACCUACUUUUUCUUCCACCUUCCCAAUAUUAUUUAGGAUAUCUUGUAUUCUAAAGUGAGAAAUGCGAAUUGGAAAUUAAAAUACCA